AGGGGAGCACGGUAUGAAGCUUUUUUAAAAAUAAGAAGUGAAUCCGUUUGCGAAGGAAAGCUAAACAGUCAGGUACAUCUACAAAGAACUGUGUUCACUUGUUAUAGUAAACAGUUAGUUCUGACGUGUUUUGGAGCCCUCGGUAAAGUAUUUUGGACUAGUCCAUUGUUGGCUACCCUCUCUACAGCUGAAGUUCCGUGACUCACCAGAAAAAAUGAUGUAACUUUUGCCGGCUUUCAGUUACCUUCAAAGCGGAAAGACAAAAGGAAGUUUACCGUGUGAAACCGCGUGUGGGGAACAUUCUCAAGCUUUUCGCUGGAUAAAUGGCUCGGUUUCUAUAGUUCGGGAGAAAAGACAGCGGUAACAUCGCCGGUAACUUUCAGCUCGUUGUCCGGCAGACUCAGGUCAGUGAAGAAUGAAUCCAGCUCGUCGUUGUUCGGCGUUACUCAGCCAGCUGCGUGUGUCCUCGCGCGGGGGGGCGACAGCCAGGAGACCGUUCUCACCGGGACCGGUGUCAGCCCCGGCGGGAACACGGUACCUUCACGCCGGUGAAGGAGGAGGGGGAGUCAAAGGCACCUGUCCUCAACUGAAGCCGAGUGGAGCAUCCACAGCCGGGGUAGCACAAGUGUCCUCUCCAUCAGUGUGUCCAAUGGGUGGCAGCAGCAGCAGCAGGAUGUUUGGCACACUGGCCCAGUCACUGAACAGCGCCCCCCUGGCCCAACCAGACCCGUACACAGAGGAGAACCCAGACCAGGACCUGGCUGAGAUCGACCCGGACCAGCUGCUCAGAGAAUGCGAGGAGGCACUGCAGAGGCGUCCGGCCCGGCCACAUCGGGAUCUGGUCUAUCCCAGCGGCAUGGCGCCCUGCAGCCACAAGCACAACCCAUCCAUACGGAUCAUGCAGUGGAACAUACUGGCACAAGCUCUCGGUGAGGGGAAAGACGGCUUCAUCCGCUGUCCUCUGGACGCUCUCAACUGGCAGGAGAGGAAGUACCUGAUCCUGGAGGAGAUCCUCACCUACAGCCCAGACAUCCUGUGCCUGCAGGAAGUGGACCACUACUAUGACACCUUCAAGCCAAUCCUGGCCAGCCUGGGUUACCAUGGCAGCUUCCUGGCCAAGCCCUGGUCUCCCUGUCUGGACGUGGAGCAGAAUAACGGCCCUGACGGAUGCGCUCUCUUUUACCGCCGCUCACGCUUCUCCCUCCAGGCCACGGCUCACCUGAGGCUGUCGGCCAUGAUGCUGCCCACCAACCAGGUCGCCAUCGUGCAGACACUGAGCUGUCAGGUGACAGGCCGGCAGCUGUGCGUAGCCGUCACGCACCUGAAAGCUCGCAGCGGCUGGGAGAGGCUGCGGAGCGCUCAGGGCGCUGACUUACUGCAGAGUUUACGCAGCAUAACCACUCAAGGCGGCAGCAGCCAGCAGAACAAGGUGGCAGCAGGCACCGUCCCUUUGGUGGUGUGCGGGGACUUUAACGCAGAGCCCUCAGAGGACGUUUACCGCCGCUUCAGCACCUCCGCUCUUGGGCUGGACUCCGCCUACAAGCUGCUGAGUGGUGACGGUAAGACGGAGCCCGCCUACACCACGUGGAAGAUCCGCCCCUCUGGAGAGAGCUGCAGCACUCUGGACUAUAUCUGGUAUACCCAUGAUGCUUUGAGUGUAGACUGCCUGUUGGACAUUCCCACAGAGGAGCAGAUCGGGCCUGACCGCCUCCCCUCCUACCACUACCCCUCUGACCAUCUGUCCCUGCUCUGUGACGUCAGCUUCAGGGAGGAGCCUCACAGACUGAUGUAGGCGGCUCCACAGCUGCAGCUCUGCACCAACAGGAGGACUGAGACAGAGGACCACUGGAGACACACUGAACUGUAGGUUAGGACAGGGAGCUGGAUGUCAGCUGCUGGACUGAGUCAUGACAAGGUUCAUGUGACUGGAGACUGAAGAAUUCACUGUCAUGAGACACAAAUCACUGUCUGUAAUGUUCGUAUUUUAGAGACAGAUAUCACGGGGAACAUUAGAGGAAGUGAAAUGAGACACCACUUAGGACUUCUAGUUUUAGCAAUAAAUUUGGAUCCACUCAGUACGUCUCCAUGCACAGUUUAAUGGAGCUACAGUUAUGGCUGGAUCAUCUCAUUGGACUGCUGUCCUUGUCCCAGUAUGCAAGCAGUGGGGAGAAUCCAUUUAUUGAUGGAAGUAUGUCCGACUCCUCCUCAGCAGGUGGAGAUACGUCCCCUUUCAGCUAGUUGCUAUCGGACCUUCUUAAGGUUGAUCUAUUACUUCACUGACCAAAAAAGUUAGCAAGCUGCAGACAGGCUGCAUGUUGAACCAUGAAAACACGGUUAACUUUUCAGCGCUGUACAAUUAAUACAAACUUUGUUUUCGCUCCUUUCCUCUUCUUUUCUCCACAGUUAUCUGUUAUGUUCCUCCCGUUUUUUUAAUAUAUGCUCUUUGACUUCCGGGUCAAACCCCGCCGUGAGAACUACGGAGCAUGUUCAGGACACCUGGACCAGUUCAGGUUCAGUUCAGGCUUAUACGUGAGACUAAGUCGACCCUGAACUGCAGUGUCUAGGUGUGUUAGUGCGACCUCAAGAAUUCUUUUUUUUGAGCUUUUAUUUGAUAGGACAGGAAGUGUGACAGAGGGAUUUAUAAAAGUUAAAAGUCCAGUUUUAGUUGGACUGACACAAUAAUUCCAUUUUUUUUCAGCAUCAUGUAAACGUACUGACUGACUUGUGUGGACAUGGAUCAGUCACCGGGUUAUUGUUUAGUUUCGUUUUUUUAGCUUUUUGACUGAACGCUGUGUAUCUUAAUCUGAACUUGAGCGGAAAUGGCACCUGAGAAAUUCAUCUGCUGAAGUUUGCACACUGGAAACCAACUGUUCAGACUAUCAUCACUUAAUUUUAUUAAUUUAUUAUUUCUAUCAGUUGGUUAUUUUCAACAACUGUUCUUAUAGUGUUUUUAAAUUAUUAAUCAUUAUUUUGCAUUGAGGUAAUCCACAGUGCUCCCUCACACAGACUGUGUAUUAAGAUGAUCGACACGUUUCCAAAAUCUCCCACUGUACAGAAAUCAAGCCAAAAACUCCAGGACCAGCUGUCAUCUUGUAAUGGUGAUGUGGUUUGAAGCCAGAGUCUGUGCAGGAGCAAUGACGAGGUGGAGCCACAGUAUGAACACAACUCAAACUACACGUUAAAUUAUUUUUCAGUCGGGCCCAUGGAGGGGGCGGGGCUUAUGACCUGUACUGGCGUCUCUUACAGGAAGCUGUCACGUUGACCGUCUUUAUAAACAGUCCGUCAUGAUAACCAACGUCAGAGUGAGGGACCACAGUGUUGUUGCUGUGACUGUUCUGAACCUGAGAAAUGUUAAUAUAUGCAAUAAAGUCAUUAUUUUUACUCUUA